UGGGGCCCCCGGGCAAUAAGGGAUCAUGGGGCCCCUGUGUCCUCGCCCAAACUGAAAAAAGCCUAUGAAAAAGGUACCAGGGGCAUCUCAUGGGGCCCCCUACUGACCCUGGGCCCUCGGGCAGUGCCCGAGUUUCCAAAUGGUCAGUCCGCCCCUGCACAUAGUGUACUCUGCUGAUGGCUGAUACACUGCCUGCUGCGUCAAACCUACAGCUCCGCAAUCAACAGGGAGUAGCUAUAGGACUGACCAGUCUACCAGUUUGUUUUCUUCAGAAAGCAGCCUCAGCUUAAGGAGAAA